AUGGACCUGUCCCGCAUUGCGAGUCUUCCGGAAAAGGUGAAGGUGGAUCUUGCGUUGGCGUUCUUGUCAACGCUGCUGGGCCGAAGGCAUCAGAGCCUAUUGAGGCUAGCCGAGAGGCUUGACGUGGAACCUGGCGAUGACAGCCCAACGUCCCUAGACACAGGAUCUCCGGAAGUCAAACUACGAGAAGCUCUUGACAGCCAUGUGAGCACCGCAUUUGCUGGCAUGGUUCGGCUGCUUGGUUUCGGAGAUGCCAAACGGGAGGCCAAGGUUACGGAGCUGGCGUCUACCUAUCUGAAGGUGGGGCACGGCACACCGUUUGUGGCUCAAGCACACCGAAGGCAGACGUUCAAUCGUUCUGCCAUUUUCGCCCAGUGUUGCCGGGCUAUGACACAGAGGACCGCGCUGGAUGAGGUGGAUGCAAAGGGCAGCUUCAAGAGGACCGAUGCCACAUACCGAAAUGUGAUUGAGGAAGGCGGUCGCUUCGAACCGGCAUGGGGCCGGUACCACCUCUAUGUGGCUCUUGCAUGCCCAUGGGCAGACGGAACUCUGGCGGCGCUUUACCUGAAAGGCCUUGAGCAUGUCAUCGGUUUCAGCGUGGUCCACCCGACCUGGCAAAGAUCUCGGCCAGAGAACCCUAACGACAUGCACUGUGGCUGGGCGUUUCGAAACCCUGGGGAUCCACCUCUUGCAAACUCGCUGGGAUUUGGCAGAUUUGAGUGCGAUGAUGCGCUCGUUGCUGACGUCGUGAAUAAUUGCAAGUUCGUCAGAGACUUGUAUGAGAAGUCAAACGACAAGACUGGCAAGUACAGCACACCUGUGCUUUGGGAUAAGAAAGAAGGCACAAUCGUUAACAACGAGUCAAUGGAUAUCCUGAAGAUGUUCAACACAAAGUUCAACAAGUUUGCCAAGAAUCCGGAGUUGGAUUUGUUUCCAGCACACCUUGCCAAAGCGGCUGAGGAGGCAAAUGCAUGGAUCUAUCCCAACAUCAACAACGGCGUCUAUAGAUGUGGCUUUGCCAAAACCCAGGAAGCUUACGACAUCGCUGUGAAGGAUUUGGCAGGUGCCCUGGAUAAGGCAGAGAACCUCUUGGCGAAGCAGCGCUAUGUCUGUGGUGACACCUUCACGUUCAUGGACCUAAGACUCUUCAUGACCCUCGUGCGAUUCGACCCAGUGUACGUUGUGUAUUUCAAGACCAACGUGGGCACGAUUGAGAUGAACUACCCCAACCUGUUCAACUACAUCAAGGACAUCUACCAAUUCGGAAACAUGUCCAAGGCCAUCAACAUGAGACACAUCAAGAUGCAUUACUUCACUUCGCACCCGGACUUGAACAAGUUUGCGAUCAUCCCAAAGGGGCGUGAUAUGGACUUGGCCGGACCGCACAAUCGGGGAAAGGGCGGAAAGGCCGUUGAAGUGUCAUGUUGGGCGAAGGUCAUGGAGCUUAUAUCACCAAGCCCAAAGUGA